GUAGAUUUUGCUGUUUAAUUUUUUAUGUAAAUAAUAAUUACUAUGUACAUACCUACUUACUAUGUUCAUUUUUCAUAGUUUAAUCUUUAUAAUUUAAAGUAUAUUUUAAGCUAAGCACAUAUAAACAUUUCGACAAAUUAUAAUAUCUCAUUUAAUGUAUUAAUAUAAUUUAGUAAAACACGAUGUCGUUCAAAACCAAAGACGUCACCCUCUCUCCAGAUCGCCCAAAAACAUUACUGUUACAAAAACACUCUGAUUACUUAGCAAAUUACGGAACUAAUAAAGAUGAUUACGAAUACUGCAUGAUGGAAUAUUUACGAAUGUCUGGAAUCUAUUGGACCCUUACUGCUAUGGAACUGAUGGGACAAACAAAUAGAAUGCCAAAGGAUGAAAUAAUAGAGUUUAUAACAUCCUGUCAGGACAGUGAGAGUGGUGGUGUGGCAGCAAGCAAUGGACAUGACCCUCAUAUGUUGUACACAUUAAGUGCUGUGCAGGUAUUAACUAUGUAUGAUAGACUAGAUGCAAUAGAUGUGGAAGGAGUUGUCCGCUUUGUAGCAUCUAUGCAGCAAGAGGACGGCAGCUUCUUUGGUGACCAGUGGGGUGAAGUGGACACAAGAUUUACAUUCUGUGCUGUGAUGACAUUGUCUCUGUUGCACCGACUGGAGGCAAUAAAUGUCAACAAGGCAGUGGAUUUUGUACUCAGCUGUAUGAACUUUGACGGUGGCUUUGGAUCGAAACCCGGAUCUGAGAGUCAUGCAGGUCUUAUCUACUGCUGUGUGGGCACGCUAUCAAUAUGUCGGCGCAUGGACGCACUGAAGGGAGAUGAGUUGGCUUGGUGGCUAUGCGAGAGACAGUUGCCCAGUGGUGGACUCAACGGCAGGCCUGAGAAGCUACCGGACUUAUGCUAUUCAUGGUGGGUUAUGUCAUCUCUAACAAUGCUAAACAGAAUACAUUGGGUGGAUAAGGAAACCCUGGAGCAAUUCAUACUAGCCUGCCAAGACUGUGAGACUGGUGGAUUUAGUGAUCGGCCAGGAGAUGUAUCCGACCCAUUCCAUACGCUGUUUGGCUUAGCUGGAUUAUCAUUGCUUGGCAACACUGCCAUAAAACGUGUCAACCCUACUUAUUGUCUACCUCAAGAGACCAUAGACAGGUUGAAAUUGGAACCACAGAUAUUACUUUAGUUUUAAGCAUAGCUUGUACAAUACGAAUGAAUCAAGAUUUUAUUGUUAAAUAAACAUUAUUUAUUAUUUUCAUGUAUAUUAUCUUAAAGAUAUAUAGACACUAUUCGCAAAUAAUUAAUAAUUACUGAACAUAAAAAUUGUCACGGACGAGUAAAAAAGAAGGACUCCGCGCCGUGAUAUUAACAAGUGAAGCACCUUUAUUCUAGUGUGUGUGCGGUUACAGGGGGUACUAGUUACACAAUUUUUUCUCCCUUAAAUAAUUAUAUGGCCACAAAUACUUUUAUAGUAGUGUUUUUACACUUUUUCUUGCGAUUUUAUUGCGAUGCAAUCUGAUCUGUCACAGACGAUGUCAAAUCUCAUAAUGGCGGCCGAUCGGCUUGUAUUAGUGUAAGUGUGUGCGUGGGACUAUGAAUUUACAUGUUUACCGGCUUGUUUUGGUGCUUCACUGUUAUGUAAGGUGACACGGAGUCCUUCUUUUUUUACUCGUCCGUGAAAACUUGUAUUAAAAACACAUUUUUGUCU